AUGGCAGUUGCAAGUGUAGUCACCCACCCUGGCAAGACCAGCCUGGAUUACUACAGGAAUGACAGCACGGUGCUGUCCCUGGAUGGAAACCUGGUAAAUGACACAGAUAUCACGUGCGACAAGAGGCAGGUCAGGCAGUUCGCUCGAGCCUUCCUGCCGGUGUUUUUCUGGCUCAUCUUCUCUGUGGGCACAGUGGGAAAUGCCUUGGUCGUGCUCGUCUAUUGCAAAUACCGCUUCAGGAGGAGCAUGAUGGAUCGGUACCUGCUGCACCUGGCCCUUGCGGACCUGCUCCUCCUCUUCACCCUUCCCUUCUGGGCCAAGGCUGCCUCCAAUGGCUGGAUCUUCAAGAACUUCAUGUGCAAAGUCGUCAACAGUAUGUAUAAGAUCAACUUCUAUGGCUGCAGCUUGUUUCUAACCUGCAUCAGCUUUGACAGGUACAUCACUAUUGUCCAGGCAAUGAAAGCUAAAACUUCUAAGCAAAGGCGGCUCCUGCACAGCAAACUCAUGUGCUUGGCUGUCUGGCUGACAUCCAUGAGCCUCUGCAUCCCAGAAAUCCUGUACAGCCAAAGCACGCAGGUGGGUGACAUAACAGUUUGCAAAAUUACAUACCCAUCAAACAUCAGCACGAUCUUCAGAAUUACUGUCCUGGCCUUGAAAGUCACAAUUGGAUUCUUCUUCCCGUUCCUUGUGAUUGUUAUUUGUUACGCCCUUAUCAUCAACACCCUCCUGCAAGCCAAAAGAUUCCAAAAGCAGAAGUCGUUGAAGAUCAUCACCAUGAUCAUCACCGCUUUCCUCCUCUCUCAGUUCCCGUACAAUAUUGUUUUGCUGGUCAAAGCCAUCAACACCUACGCCAGGGUGGCGUACAGCUGUCAGGCUGCCAACCGGCUGGACGUCGGGCUGCAGGUCACCCAGAGCAUCGCCUUCCUCCACAGCUGCCUCAACCCCUUCCUCUACGUCUUUGCUGGAGAGCGGUUCAGGACGGCGCUGGGCAGGAUGAUGCAGAGCAGCGGCUGCUGCCGGAGCAGGGGCCAAGAGCAGUGCUCCUCUGCCUGCGACAGUCAGGAGCACAGCUCAAACUGGUCCUUUGCCAUGCUGGGCAGGCAGCGGGUGAGAAGCUCCCUGACCCUCAGCACCCACUUGACCUCAUCCGGUAUGCCCCCACCUUGCCAAGUCCUCUUGUAAGUUAGUCCCUCCUCUCUCUCCCCGCCAGAGGAGCACCAAACUCUUUGGAAACUGUCCGAAUACCCCAAAGACCGUCUCAGAGGAGCGGGGAGGGCUGGGGGCUCCUCGCGCAACCCGUCCUUGCUGCGUGGGACCCAGCCUGGGCUUGCAGGCUGAAAGGAAGAGAAACCUUCGGCACAGGGCAGCAAAAUGGAGCCACACUUAUUGUAAGCAGAACUGAUAGAGCUUAAAAGCUAUCUUUGUGACAGCUGUAAAUACCCGGCCCACCUGUGGCUCAGACCACAGCCUGAAAUAACAGGCCUCGCAGAGAGGUGACAAGCCCAGCUACGGCAGCAACAGAGGCAGAUGAAGCGAGAUGAACCACCCAUCCCGUCCAUAGGAAGCAGGAGGAGGGGGUUCAGCCUUCAUUUGCUGUCCGGCCAGGGUCUCCUACAGAGGUGGCCAGACCCGGGAGCUCUGCCUGCACCCACACCAGGUCCCCUCCGCUGCAAAGGACAACAGCCUUUAGCUCCUAUGCUGGUUUAUUGCAACAGUCAAAUGCUGCUCUCUGUGCCUGUGCAGACAUUGUCUGUUUUGCUGCAUGUGUGGUUCUUCUUGCAAAGGAAAGCCAAUCGUUCGCGUUCAUAAAGUGGUCAUUACAGAAUUAGAUCUUUCUCCUAUAUUUUAGCUGUGUGGUGUAAGGUGAAAUUGGGUACAAUUUAUUUGCUACGGCUCCGGUUUUGAUACUGGCAUUUUGUGUGGUUCCCUGUAUUGACAAAUUGCACCUCACAGUAAAAAUUCAAGGGCAUCAAAGACAUCGAGUUGUCUGUCCCGGAGAUAUUUGCCAUAUGGUGCAAAGCCACAGUAAACCAGAAUGCAAAACCCAAACCCAUGGUUCAACAGACCACUGGUUAUGCACUGAUAUCUUUGCUAAUGGUUAGAAAAUAUAUUUAGCCUGCGGCCAGUAAGACAGAGAGUAAUGAAGUGUCAAACCUAACCUGAGGCUGCAGGGCACCGCGUGGCCAUUCCCCCUCGCUCGUCCCCUCCCAGGGACGUGGCAUCACCUGUCCUGCCCGACUGUAGCCUGCACCUCCCAGUCUUCCAUCGCAAAUUGUAGUGCUCAGGGGGCUUUCUUUUAAAUAAUCACAUUUAACCUAGUUUGCCUCCUGGUAAUUAUUUCUUGCAGGAAGAUAGUAUUUUCAUUGUGCAUUAAUCAUUAAAGCGCGUCAAUAAACACAAGCUUUCUGCAAGGUUUGGCUGCUUUUCUAGCUAAUAGAGUACAUCUGAGCAGAUAAGGUUCUAGUUUUGUAUAUGUUUAUUAGGAUUUAAAAAAUUUUUUUAACCUUCUCCUUAGAGGAAAAAAAGGUGAAAGUUGUAUGUACUUUUUACCAUAGGUGUAAGAAGGGUUU